AUGGAGCCGGAGGUCGCGGAGGCCGCCCGUGGCGAGGCUGCAUUCUCAAUACGCGCGCUCCACCACAUCGCCCUCGCGGCCGGCGCUAGCGCCAGCAGCAAAAACAUUGCCGUGUCCCCGGUCUCCAUCCACGCCGCGGUGAUGCUCCUUGGUACGGCUGCCCGCGGCGCCACGCUCGACGAGAUCGUCGCCUUCCUCGGCCCCGCCGGCGGCCGCGCCCACGCACUGCUCGCGUCGGAUGUCGCCCUACGCGUGCUCGCCCACAGCGCCGGCGAUCACGGCGGGCCGAAGGUGCGGUUCGCCAACAGUGUCUGGGUCGACGCCGCGUCAGCACGCCUCAAGGCCGACUACGCCGGCGUUGUCGCCGACCAGUUCCGCGCCCAAGCGUACGCAGCGUCCUUCACAACAAAGCCGGAGGAAGCGAGGCGGGACAUCAACCGGUGGGUCCAGGCUGCGACGGCAGGGCGGAUCAAGGGCUUCCUGCCACAGGGCUCCGUCGGCGCCGGCACGCGGGUCAUCCUCGCGAACGCGCUCUACUUCAAGGGCGUCUGGGAGAGCAAGUUCGACGCCCGGCUCACGCAGCAACACAGAUUCUACCUGCUCAACGGCGGCCAUGUCCGCGUGCCGUUCAUGUCGAGUGGCGAGAGCCAGCACAUCGCCUGCUGCCCCGAGUGGAAGGUCCUGAAACUUCAUUCCGCGCCCGGCCGCCGCGGUGUCGAGCACCUGCGGCGGCACUUCGCCAUGUACGUCUACCUCCCGAACGAGCUCCACGGCCUGCCGAGCAUGGUGCGGAAGCUGGCCUCCAGCCCGGAGCUGCUCGAGGCGGGCUCCAUGGACCUGAGAGACAUGGUCCCCGUGCGCGACUUCCGGCUGCCAAAGUUCACCGUGUCGUACAAGACGGAGGCGACGGGGCUGCUGCAGGGCCUCGGGCUGCGCCUGCCGUUCGACGACGCCGCCGCCGACUUCUCGGAGAUGCUGGAGGACUCCAAGGGGUCCCUCGUCGUGUCCAACGUCUACCACCAGUCCCUGGUGGAGGUGAACGAGGAAGGGACCGAAGCGGCCGCGACGACCGCGGUAACCAGUAUGACUUUUACCUGUCCCGCGGUGAUGAGCAGGCCGGUCAAAUACGUGGACUUCGUCGCCGACCACCCUUUCAUGUUCUUGACCAAGGAGGAGCUCACCGGCGUCGUGGUGUUCGCCGGUCUAGUUCUGGAUCCUUCGUCGUGA